AUGUAAUUUAAUCAAGACUCAAAGAAGUUCCUCACUCCUGAAAUGAUGAAGUAGACCUCGUAAAUGUGUGCAAACAUGAGUGAUGAUCAAUUGAGACAGUAUGCCUAGAUGGCAGGAAUGGGUAACAUAGAUCCUUCAUUUUUGAGACAAACCAUGGGUCAAGUCAAGAAUAUGAAAGAUGAGGAUCUCCAAAGACAAGUCAAUCAAGUAUUGUAUCAAGAAUCUAUUUUAGACUCGGCCAGAAGACUUAGAGAGAGCAAAAUAGAGAAUUCAGGGUCAGCAAGCACAAUAAUAAUAAUAGCAACAGCAAAUACCAUAGAGUGAGUAAUUUCCAAUCAUUAACAAAUUAAAGAAUCAAGGAAAUGAGGCAUUUAAACAAUAAGAUUAUGAAAAGGCAGCAUCCAAAUAUUAUGAAGCAAUCUCAGAAAUUGAAGAAUUAUGGGAAAACAAUGCCUAUCUGAAGAAUGAUGCAAACAAAAAAAUAGAAUUGAAGCAAUUGGAACAUUCUUGCAGAUUGAAUUAUUGCAAUGUGAAAGCCAAACAAUCUCAAUUUGACGUUGUUUUACGUUAAGCUAAGAAAGUCUUAGAUGAUGACGCUUAAAAUGGAAAAGCUAAUUUCAGAAUGGGUUAGGCACUCUUCGAGACAAAAAGGUAUUCAGAGGCCCUUGGAUAUUUGGAAAUUGCAUCCCAAAAAUUACCAGCUGAUGAGACAGUGCAAAUUAUGUAUAAACAAACAAAAUAAUUGUCAAACUUAAAUAUCGAUCAAACACAAAAAUAAAAUUCAGAUGAUCCAUAAGAAAAACAAGAACAAGAAUAGAAAGUUGAAUAAACUAAAAUAGUAUAAGAAGAUUAACCAAUUCAAAAUCAAUAGCCUUAACAAAUUUAGAAAGAUUAGAAGGAAAACAAAGACUUAGAAGAAGAAGCAUAAAAGAAACCCAAAAUCAAAUUAUCCUCUGUUGACACCAAUUCUGAAGAGUUCCAAAAUUUAAAAUAGAAAGUGCAAUCCGCAAAAGAAGACGGUUUAAUUGUUGAGGAGGAGAUUCCUACUUCUAAAGGUCAACCCACAAAACCUGCCACUAAAUAAACAGAAACUCAGAAUGUAAACAAAAUACCAGAGAAUCCCUAAUUUCAAUAACAAUUUGACUAAUUUAAAAAUAUGGUAAUAUCCAUUGGCUAUUAUAUUGUAGUCUCCUGAAUAAUUAAAUUACAUGACGAACACGUUAAAAUCCAUGGACAAAGGCUUCUUAAAAUAAAUGAUGAAACAGUAGAGUGGAGUAGAGAUGUCAGAUUAGCAAAUAGAGAUGAUGUAAACUAUGAUGACACCUGAAAUGUUGGCAUAGAUGAAAAAUAUAGAUCCAGCAGUAUUAUAAUAAUAAAAGUUAUCCUAAUCAUCCUCAUAAUAACAACCCAUUUAAUCAACUUCAUAAUCAAAUAACCAAAAUGCUCCUCAAGUUCCUUAAGCUCCUACUGCGUCGUAAUAAAUGCCAUAAAAUCUAUAAGGUUUAGCAUAAAAUCCAUAAAUGCUUGAAAUGGUUAUCGAUCAAUUAAAGGCCAACCCCUAAAUGUUAAAAAUGAUGGCUCCUGCAUUUGGUGGCAACAAUGCAAUCACAUCAUACAUUGAUUCUGCAAGGUGAGUUGUCUAUCUCGAUUGUUUUAGUCCAGAGUAAUUGUCUAAGGUCGUUGGUAGAUUGGCCAUCUUCUUAAAGUUUUUAUUAAUAUUGUAUAGAGCGUGGUUGAUGGUGAGAAAUCAAUGGAAAUUUAUAUUGGGGUUCCUCCUGGCGUACUUAUAUUUUAAAUUAUUUUGAAUUUUAAAGAAU